UCGGUGCAGGCCCAGCCCCGGGAGGGGCCCAGCUGACUCCGCCCCCGGCCAGGAAGUGACUCAAAAAACUGUUCGUGAUGUGGGGAAGAGAGGUCCCCGUUGGGUGAGGAAUCGGGAAGGCCCGCCCAGAUUCGGGCCCCCCGCCUUUCUUCCCUGGGCCGGGGGCGCGGGCGAAGCUGGGGCCGGCGGGCACCGAGCGGCGCCGGCGGGACUGAGGCCGCAGCGGGCGGCGAGGCGGGGCUGGGCGGCCAAGGAGCCAUGCCUACCUGGGGGGCUGGCUCCCCGUCCCCUGACCGUUUUGCGGUGUCUGCGGAGGCUGAGGACAAGGUGCGGGAACAGCAACCCUAUGUGGAGCGCAUCUUCAGGGUGGGGAUGAGCGUCCUCCCGAAGGACUGUCCUGAGAACCCUCACAUCUGGCUGCAGCUGGAGGGCCCCAAGGAGAACGCCAGCAGAGCCAAGGAGUACCUGAAGGGUCUCUGCAGCCCAGAGCUACAGAAUGAAAUUCAUUACCCACCCAAACUGCACUGCAUCUUUCUGGGAGCCCAGGGCUUCUUCCUUGAUUGCCUGACUUGGAGCACAUCAGCCCACCUGGUGCCGGGGGCGCCCGGCUCGCUGAUGGUCAGCGGCCUGACUGAGGCCUUUGUCAUGGUCCAGAGCCGAGUGGAGGAGCUGGUGGAGCGGCUGAGCUGGGACUUUCGGCUGGGGCCAUCCCCUGGAGCCUCCCAGUGUGCUGGAGUGCUGAGAGAAUUCUCUUCUCUGCUGCAGUCCCGGGGGGAUGCCCACACAGAGGCCCUGCUGCAGCUGCCCCUUGCUGUCCAGGAAGAACUGCUGAGCCUGGUGCAAGAGGCAUCCAGGGGGCAGGGGCCCCAAGCAUUCCCGUCCUGGGAGUGGGGGAGCCCAGGUCUGCUGGGUGCUCAGCACCAGGGAGUCAGGAGUCCCCUGAGUGACAGCAGGGAGUCUCUGGACACAGGACCUGCAGGGUGGCAGGAGUCACGGGGAGAGAGAUGUGCUAUGGAGAAGGAGGGGACAAAGCACGGUGGUCCCAGGGAGAUGGAUUUGGGGUGGAAGGAGUGGCCCGGGGAAGAGGCCUCGGAGAGACAAGUGGCCUUCAGGCCACAGUCAGGAGGAGGAGAGGCAGGGCAGGCAGUGCCUCUGAAAGGGAAGGCCCUGGGGAAGGAGGGGGUGCCUCAGGAAAGAGGAAGGUUCUGGGUCCAGGGCGCCCCUCCUGGCACCCAGGGCCCCUGUCAGAAGGCAGCCCAGCCCCGGGGAGCCUCCCUCCUGCAGCGGCUCCAUAAUGGGGAAGCCUCACCUCCAAGAGUGCCCAGCCCCCCACCGGCGCCUGAACCCCCUUGGCACUGCGGAGAUCGAGGGGACAGAGGAGACAGGGCAGACAAGCAGCAGGUCGUGGCUCGAGGUCGGGGGUCUCCGUGGAAACGAGGCACCCGGGGGGGUAAUUUGGUGACUGGCACACAGCGUUUCCAGGAGGCCCUCCAGGACCCUUUCACUCUGUGCCUUGCCAAUGUGCCAGGCAAGCCAGACCUUCGCCAUAUUGUCAUCGAUGGCAGCAACGUGGCCAUGGUGCAUGGCCUCCAGCACUACUUCUCCAGCCGGGGCAUUGCCAUUGCUGUGCAGUACUUCUGGGACCGUGGCCACCGCGACAUAACUGUCUUUGUGCCUCAGUGGCGUUUCAGUAAGGACUCCAAGGUCAGAGAGAGUCACUUCCUGCACAAGCUGCAUUCCCUCAGCCUGCUCUCCCUCACUCCCUCCCGGGUCUUGGAUGGCAAGAGGAUCUCUUCCUAUGACGACAGGUUCAUGGUGAAGCUGGCUGAAGAGACCGAUGGGAUCAUUGUCUCCAAUGACCAGUUCCGGGACCUGGCAGAGGAGUCUGAGAAGUGGAUGGCAAUCAUUAGAGAGCGCCUGCUGCCCUUCACCUUCGUGGGAAACCUCUUCAUGGUGCCUGAUGACCCACUGGGGCGAAAUGGCCCUACACUGGAUGAGUUCCUGAAGAAGCCGGUCAGGGCACAGGGGUCUUCUAAGGCGCAGCAUUCUGCCAAGGGCUUCACAGAACACAGUAAUCAGCAGCAGGGGAGAAAAGAAGAGGAGAAAGGCAGUGGUGGCAUUCGGAAGACGCGGGAGACAGAGCGGCUCCGGCGCCAACUGCUGGAGGUGUUUUGGGGCCAGGAUCACAAGGUGGACUUCAUCCUGCAGCGGGAGCCGUACUGCCGGGACAUCAACCAGCUCUCUGAGGCCCUGCUCAGUCUCAACUUUUGAGCCUCACCUGUCUGAGUGACUGCCACCCCGUCAGCUCCAGCUUCAUCCAGCUCAGCUCAUUCUGUGAGGGUCCCUCUGCUGCUCAGACCCUGACCCAGUCUCACCCUGAGUUGGUGCUUUGUGUCAGGGAAGCACCAAGGAAGUGCAUUCGUGUGUGGGGAAUGCUCUUGCCUGGGGCACUUUGGGGACAGGUCUGUAAGGUGACCUGAUCUCACCUUGAGUCAGGACCUCAACCAGCUCUCAGGAGGUUCUGCUCAGCCUUAACUUCUUAACCUUGCUUUAUGCAGGGUUUCUGUAGGGAAUGGGGGCUGCUGGGAAGGGUGGGUCACGGAGAUGGGGACUGUCGGCCCCUCCUCCACGCUGAGCUGGGGAUGGAGGCUAGGGUGGGUGGGAGGGGAAUGUAGAACAGGUGGCCAGGAAGCUAAGCCUUUCCUCCUCCUGGCUGCUGCUCUGAUGGCCAGAGGACAGGACGAGUCCCAGGCCUGGCUGGGCUCCUGGGCGCAUCAAAGGGAAUGCUGGGCCCUGGAAAGGCUAGUGUUAUGGGGUCUGGGUCACAGUGGGGCAGCGGGGAGCUGGUGGAGAAGGCAGAGGGAGACUUGGCUUCUGGUCUCAGCUAUGCCUGCCUGUGACCUUGAUUGAUCUUGGUCUUUACUUCCGCCUACAAGUCAGGGGUAAAAAAGCCUGUUGGGAGGAGAGAUGAGAACGUGGAGGAAAGGUACUUGGACCAAGCCUCAGGUGUGUCUGUCUGUGGUUGCACAGGCUUCCUAACCAAAACCUCACUUUUAGAGAGCUGAGGGUCCUCUGUCCCCAGAACCUGUGCCCUAGAUGUUUUAACACUGCAUCCUCAGUAUAAUGAGCCCUAUAAUGGCUGCGUCCCUUUUGGGCAACCCCCCUCCCCCGCCAAAUCCACAUUUACAAAACGGUUAAUUAGGGGUGACUGUUUGCAUUACCAGAAAACUCUCAGGGUUCCUUCCUAUCAAUGGCAGCUCUCCUGUUGCAUUCAGGUGUUUGUUUACAGUUGAACGAAUGUGUCAGAAAGUCCGCAGUCCCCAGUUGAUGCACUUGCUCCAGCGUUGAGCAGUCACCAAACCAGUGAAGCCAUGUUCUGCGAGCAAAACGUUCAUGUGACCUGACCCUAGCAUCUUCUUUACAGAACAUACAUGUUGCAUAAAGCGAGACCCACUUCUGCUC